CUCACACAUAUAAAAUAGGGUUUCGCAAGUCGCCGGUUUUAGUUUUAUUUACGCUCAGAAAUCGAAAAGAAACAAAGAAAGUGCCCAGUGCAAUUAGUCAUUGAUAUUACGACAUAACGUUUGAAGUAUGAGUCUCAGGCAGUUUCAGAACAUUUCCCGCCAGGCCCUCAGGUGCUAUUCAAUCAGGAGGACCCUAAGUCCCGCCCUCCAGUUGAGUCAGGGUCACAGGCAGGGCCUCCGCCUCUGCACCGUCCUGCUUCCCGUGAGCUGUGCGGCCACAUCCGCCACAUCCGCCACUUCCGCCUCCACAGCCGCCCAGUACUCCACAGCAGCUGCCAUCGACAUGUCUGCUAACGGAGAUUACAAGAACGCCGCCUCGAUCUACGAGUUCACGGUGAAGGAUACCCAUGGCAAUGAUAUUUCCCUGGAGAAGUACAAGGGCAAGGUGGUCCUUGUGGUGAACAUCGCCUCCAAGUGCGGCCUGACCAAGAACAAUUACGAGAAGCUGACGGAUCUGAAGGAGAAGUACGGCGAGCGCGGACUGGUGAUCCUGAACUUCCCGUGCAAUCAGUUUGGAUCCCAGAUGCCGGAGGCCGAUGGCGAGGCCAUGGUUUGCCAUCUGCGCGACUCGAAGGCUGACAUUGGAGAGGUCUUCGCCAAGGUCGAUGUGAAUGGCGAUAACGCUGCGCCCUUGUACAAAUACCUGAAGGCCAAGCAGACGGGCACCUUGGGCAGCGGAAUCAAGUGGAACUUCACCAAGUUCCUGGUGAACAAGGAGGGCCUGCCCAUCAACCGAUAUGCCCCGACCACCGAUCCCAUGGACAUUUCGAAGGACAUUGAGAAACUGCUGUAGAUCCUCGUCUAUAGAUGUUUAGAUAUAUCUUAUGGACUGUGUUUUUCGCGUAGCUUUAGCUUGUAACCAACCACAUGCACCGCAUGUUAUAUAUAUUGUCUACCCAUUUGCUGGUUUUUGAUUCCCACCCACAAACAUAAUAAACGCCAUUUGUGGUUACCACACCA